AUGGCCACGGUUAUUCGUGUUAUUAUCCUUCUCCUCUUUAACACAACUACACUUGGCAUCCUCAUUACACUUCCCACACUUUUUAUUACAACAACACUUGCAGCAUUUGCCAGCACCCUGACAGCCACUGCCACUACUACAGUGACACGCAUCUCUACCACCACUAUCCUUACACCCCUUGCCUGGGUGAUUUGCUUCAUCAUACAUCUGAUGCGCCGCAUCCAAAAAGGUCCUGUGCGUGGCAUUUCAUUGAAGCUUCAGGAGGAAGAGCGUGAGCGCCGCAUGGACUUUGUUCCCGAACGUUCCGAGGUUGAUGUGCCUCUCAUCCAGGUUGACCAGGACACCGCUGACAUGUUGACGUUCCUCAAGUUGAACAUACCUAACGUAAAGGUUAUCACUGCCAACGUGCAUACUGAGGGCGUUCACCAGCGUUUCUGAAGGUCACGGUCGCCCGCCUCUAAAGCUGACAUCGGAC